GAAGCAAAGAAAUCAUUAUCGACAGAGACGAGGGAAGAGUUGAGAUAAAAACGACGCAGAAACUUGUACUGCAGAAGAAAAAUGGACUCGAAAUUGUUGUUUCUUUUAUUUGUUCUAGCUCUCAUGAGACCGCUUGGGGGUUUCCCUUUAUCAGUUGCUGCAGAUGAUGGAAGCGCCUCUGAAGAUAGUGGCGAUGACGAUAGCGGCGAAGAGUCUGGAGAUGAGAGUGGCGAGGAGUCCGGAGAUGAUAGUGGCGAGGAGUCUGGAGAUGAUAGCGGUGAAGAAAGUGAGGAUGACGAUGGCGAGGAUUCUGGAGAUGAGAGUGGCGAGGAGUCUGGAGAUGAUAGCGGUGAAGAAAUUGAGGAUGACGAUGGCGAGGAUUCUGGAGAUGAGAGUGGCGAGGAGUCUGGAGAUGAUAGCGGUGAAGAAAUUGAGGAUGACGAUGGCGAGGAUUCUGGAGAUGACAGUGGUGAAGAGGAUGAGGAUGAAAGUGGUGAAGAUGGUGGAGAUGACGAUGAUGACGACGAUGAUGGCGAUGAUGAGGAUGACGAUGAUGACGACGAUGAUGAAGAUGAUGAUGACGACGGAGAUGAUGAUAAUGAUGUACAAGGCUUGAAUUAUGACGGUAUACAACAAGUGGUCGAAGAGGUUGGACAGGGAAAUAGCUCUUAUGGAGAAGAACGUAAUGGUCUGAACGCAGACCAGUUGGCUUCUUCAAACGGAUUCUCUCUCGGCGGAGGCCUUGCUCAUAUUCUCAUUGCAUUAACAUGUUUGCUUUUCACCUUCCCUCAUUAAUUUUUGAAUAUAUUCUUCAUAUUCAAGAUAUCGUUCGCUGUGCGAAAUCUUAUGUUAAUAUAUGAGUAAGUGAAAAUUGACAAAGUUUCCUUCAAUUUUUUCGGCUUAUAAAUAUCUCAGGGAACUGCUUCAGUUCCUUACGACCAAUAAAAGCAAAUUCUGGCCACAUAUUUUGACCGCAUGUUCCUCUUUAUGGAAUAUGAACUCUUCUGUAUUAUGAUUGAAAGGCCAUUAUAUUAUUUAUUGAACAGUAAGAGCUUUGGAACACCGAGCAAUACAAGAGAACACUUACCUAUUUACACUGUUAUGGCAUGGCUCCUCUGCCUAGCACAGUUGUUUUAAUGUUAAUGAACUCAGCUGACUUGUAAUGAAAACAAUGAUGGCGAGAAAAAGACUAGAAAAAGAAAAACCUGAAAAAGCAUCAGUAAAUGAUUCCAAAAAUAAA